AUGAAUCAAAUUAAUUAAAAUCAAAAGAAUAAUUCCUUAAAGAAUAAAUUAUUAUUAUUUUUUACAUAGUUGAUAUUAAAAAUGAGUAAAAAUAAAUAAAAAUAAUCAGUUCAAUAACAAACAAAGUUUGUUAACAUGAAAGAAUUUUUAAGUUCUCCUCUAUCAUCUCACACGGAUAUCUAAAUUAUUUAAAUGUACAAUCAGAUGAGCGAUUAGGAAAAAUAAGACUUGUGUUCUGGUUUAGCUAAAUGCACUAAACUUUCCAAAUUAAUACUACAUUUAAAUGGAUCGAUGCUUUGUGAUAAGGAUUUAUAAAAUUUAGGCUAAGCUUUAUAAAAAUGCUCUAAUCUGUCAACUUUGAGUUUUUCCCAAGAUUUCAAUGAAAUUGGUCCAUUUGGUGCUUCAAUAAUCGGUUCUGCACUAUUAAAUUUGAAAAACCUAUCAAAUUUGACUCUCUUUUUAAUAGGUAAUCAAAUUCAAGACGAAGGUAUAUCAAGUUUAGCUUCUGCUUUAUCAAACUGUACUUAAUUUAAGAAAUUAGAACUUUGCCUUAAUGCUAAUUAAAUUAAUGCAUAAGGAGCAUCUAGCUUAGGUUAAGCUUUAUCUAAAUGCAUAAAUCUUACAACGUUAUUAAUUGAUAUUUGCAAUAAUAAUAUUGGAGAUUAAGGAAUGUCAGAUUUAACUACUGUUUUUUCUAAUUGUACUAAUCUCUCAAAUUUGUCACUAAAUCUGAACAAUAAUUAUAUUGUAAAUGGAUGCAUACCUUAAUUAGGAUCUGCAUUAAUAAGCUAUACCAGUCUCAUAUCUUUAACUCUUGACCUGAGAUAUAAUUACAUUGGAGUUGAAGCUGGCUUAGAACUUAGUUCCGCAUUAGCAAAAUGCAAAAAUCUCUUAGUUUUGAAUCUCUAAUUAGAACAAGAGUAUAAUUAUAAGGAAGAAUUAUUGAUCAAAAACAAAAUACUCAGGAUGAAGAGAUUAGUUCAUUAUAUUGUCUAAGUUUGA